AUGCCUCUAGCCAGUCUUGCUAACAUACUCCCCUUCCUGUCGCCCUCUUCUCCUCGGGUUCCAAAGCACUCCCCCGUUAUCCAAAAACUCACUUCUGUCAUCUCCAAGGAACGACCGGUGCUUAGAAUAUGCUUCCCACUCAGGAUUCAAAGAGGACUCAACUCUUGGUGGGAGUAUGAGGAGUUUCGGAUUCAGUUCCGGGAUAGACAAAUGUGGCGACAGGCGUUCCGUCUCGAUGAGGAAGAUCCACGCGAGACAUCUUUUGAUGAUGAAGUUGACCUAAGUCUAGAUGAAUUAUCUAAGAGAUGGGGCCAUACGGCUGCUCAUAACAGCAAUGAUCCUGCUUUCAAAAGCCAUUGGUCAUAUUCGACCUCGUCUUUUUCAUCGGUUCUUGAUAACAGCCUUUCUGACGCGAGUGAUGUCUCUAAAUCAUCAUCUCAGAGACUGAUGGAACUCAUAACCCGUCUGCUAUCGGCAACUUCUAGCACUCAAGAGGAUAAAAGCAGUGUAAGCAUUGGACAAGUAUCGCAACCUUUUACUUCUUCUUCUUCUUCCUCGAAAUACCGCUCUUUGGAACAGGAUCAACCGUUUCAUCCUCAAUCCGUUGGCAUACUAUCAGAACACACGCAUUCUUCGCCUGACAGUUCUAUGAGCGAUGAGAUUGAUUCCGACGAGAUACAACACCAUCGAAACAUUGCACUUCGUAAGCUUGAAGGUGGAUCUUCUGCCAAGACUAAGUACAUGUGCUUCUCGACAUUUCGGAACAUGUUCCGUACACAUAAAACAUCAACUACAGAAAGAAUAUCACCCGUUCAACCUGCCGUGUCUUCUCUUCAAUCGAAGGCUUCGCUAGAAGAUCAAGGAACCAUCCGUAUAUCAUCCGAAGAUUGGGCCAGUCUCAGGGAUGAUGUCCUCGGUGGGCUAAUGGACAUUUUAGAAGGAGUCUUUCCCUUUUACACAGAAAGCCAAAAGGCAAUAAUCAUGCCUGUCGAGCAAACCGAAAACGGCUUCAGAGUGCAAGAACCUACGCAGAAAGAGGAUAUACCAACGAGUGGCUUGAAAGCGGCGUUGGAACAUAUAGAGGCUCGCAAUUGGAAGGAUGUCAUUUUCGUUUCGUAUGAUGAUACGCCGAGGUCGCGCAAAUUUGGCGGCGCGAUUGUGUUGGAAAAGGGCCAAUUUGUUCGGUUUCUUAAGAAGCUUGGCCCGACUGAACCAGCUUCCGGGCGUGUUGUCAUUUUGACCAUGUACUCGACCAUUCAGCGGAGGGACGUCAUCAAACUAUCCCAAAGAUUCAAAUUCGUCGAUCCGCCCUCGUCCACUAAAAGAGCAAAGCGCCGAAAAGUGCUUGAAAUACCCGACUCAGACGACUACAUGGUCAACGAUGCUGAUGCCCCCCGCGAGGUCCGCAACAGCCAAGACAGCGACUCCUCGAUGUCCGAAGACGAAGGUCCUAGCACAGUCCACACGCAGUCGGAGAAGCUCCGCGUCUAUCACCCCUCUGACCCAGAGGUAAAAACCAGGCGAAUCACCAUCUUGUCUGACGCAGAUCCGCGCACACCCGAUGGACUCCUCGAGCAAUACGAGUUUGUCAACGACGACUUGGCCAACAUCCGCUGGGCUAUAGUCCACAGUUCUCCAGAUGCGCCGUAG